AUGGGUAGCGUUGUAGCGCGAUACCGAAAUUCUAUACCGAACAUCGAGGAAAUCCAUGCCCAAAUUACACCAAGCAGCGAGCACAAGAAAAUAUCAACGGAGCAGUCCACGGAAUCCAUAGACAGUGAGAAUAAAAUAAAUUUAACCCCCGGCGCGCCAUCUAGUAGGAGAAUAUCCGCCUGUUGCUUACAUGAGCUCAAGCUAAUGGACAUCGGGCCUCUGCCUUACGACCACUCUCUGAUAGAAGAAGAAAGACAGCGUGAAAUCGAAAAAAAAUUGAAAAACGAUAUCUAA